UGGGUGGGUGGGCACGGUGGGUGGGUGGGAAUGGGGCCGCCGGAACUGGGUGGUUGCAGGGGUUACACGCGGUGCAGCUCGACGCGCGUGUCCGAGUCCAAACCUGUCUACUACACGGCGCGCUGCCCGCCCGGCAUUCCCUUCCCGCCGCCGCAGCAGUCGGCGCUGCGCAAGGCCGUGGCCGCCAUCCGCAGCGAGCGCCGCAUCACGCCGCAGGUGAAGAUCCUGCGCGAGGGCGGCGAGGACUCGGAGCUGUUUGACCAGCUGCUGCUGGACGAGCCCGACGGCCACGACGGCGGCGGCGGCGGCGGUGGUGCAAGUGGCGGCGACGGCAACGCAGGCGGCAGUGGCGGCGGCAGCAGCAGCCAGGGCUUCGGGCUGGUGCAGUUUGUGGAGCACGUGCAGCACGAGGCGGCCAUGCAGCUGACGUACGAGUCGGGUACGAACGGGAAGUAGCGGAGUUUGGUUAGGUGUUUUUCUCAGCAUUCCCAGAUUAGGAAACCAGGGACAUGAAGAAGCGGGGGGGGGGAGCGGGGAUGGGUAGUUAGUUUAAAGGGAGAGGGGGGGAAGCGGGGGUGGGUUGAGGAGAGAGAUUUUGAGGACCGGGGUACUGAGAGCAGCGCAGGCGUGACGCAGAGGGUGGAGAACGAUGCGUGGUGGUCGGGGGGGAGCAGGAGUGUACACGUUGGCGUGUUGAGGGUGUGGGCGGGGCUGGCAAGCACGGACCACGGCCUGGAGUAGAGGUUCAAUAGGGCUGUCCUGCGGGCAUGCGCUUCGAUAGCACUCCUGCGGAGAGCCGCAAUCGCGCUUCAUGCACAGGUUUGUGGCAGGAAAGGGGGAAGGGUUGUUGGUUGGGAUGUCUGCCCAAUACGUGUGCACUUGGUACGUACCGCUGUGAGCAUGAGUAUUUCGCUCUGGCGCCUGACGAAUACCGGAAUUGCAAUUGGCUGCUUGGAUUCGCAUGCUGUUCGGUGGCCGGCAAGGCGAGCAUUCGGUGUCACACUCGCCGGGGCCGGUUUCGUGUCGAUGGAGUCAGGUCUGCAUGUAAGUUUGUGGUGAU